CCCAGUCUGUCGUCGGACGCUCUGCCUCAGCCCUCGUCCUCCAGCAGCAGGCCGGACCCGAGCCGGCCGGCACAGGCCUGCGGAGACUACCACACGUCCAGCACCAUAUCAGGCGCCAUGCCUUACGGACACCAGUCGUACGCCGAUCCUCCGGUCUCUGUGGCGUUCACCAGCAGCAUCGAGCAGCUGGCGUCCUCCAGCAUCCCUUUUUUCUACCCGUGCCACAAGUUGGGUUACUACACAUCGACCCCCGUGACCCCCACCGUCAUCACUCACACCGCCUCCACAGCGGGGGCCCAGGGGUCCGUGCAGCAGGCUCACAGCUACCCUCACACGGGGGACGCGUUCCCCCUGACUCCCUGCGGCUCCAUCAGCUACCCGGCCGUCCCGGUCCACGCGGCGCUGCCCUCCGUCACCGCCGCCCACUGCUUCUCCGUCCCGGAGCAGGUGGCUGUAACGGGGGUCAGAGGGAAGCACAAGCAGAAGACGGGGGGAGCGAGGACAGUCGGCCCCUCCGCGGCCUCCUUGUCCACUGCGCCCACGCCAACCAGCUGCCUGGCGAAGCUGCUGUCCUGCAGCGCCGGCGAACGGAAACCGUCGCUGGGAUUCGAUGCUCCUCUCGUGACGGCCAAAGGUCAGAGGUCGUCGUCUCCGAGCUCCUCG